AGAGGUGCAUGCAGCGCGCGUUCCGCUUCCCUUUCCAGGUGGAAUUCUAGGAGGAGCUCGAGCCCAGACUGACGGACACGGGACACGGUGAACUCAGAGACAGGUGACAUUCCCAGCGGGUGACCUGAGUGGAUGUGCUAUGGGAUCGAUUCAGUCAUGGUCGACUGGCAGCAUGGAGGACCUCUUGGCUUUUUAACUCCGACUUCAACUGUUCUGACCGCAGGACUUUCGACCUGUAACCGACAGGACCACCCGGAAUAUCCGUUUCUUUGGGAUUAAACACAUUUAUAAUAUUUGGUUUUGAAAGUAAAAAAAAACUAAAACUUUGUGAGCAACCCCACCUGAAAAAAACAUGACAAGGAGGCAUCGUGGAGGGACAUCCAUCAUCGUCUUGUAAUCCAUCCCCGUCGGGACACGCAGAUACAGAGGAGAGAGACCUGGAAGAGAGGCGUCAUGAAGGAGAAAUCCAAAACGGCCGCAAGGACUAGAAGGGAAAAGGAGAACAGUGAAUUUUAUGAACUGGCUAAAAUGUUACCUCUUCCCUCGGCCAUCACGUCCCAGCUGGACAAAGCCUCCAUCAUCCGACUGACUACCAGCUACCUGAAGAUGAGGAUAGUUUUCCCCCAGGGUCUGGGGGAGGCGUGGGGCUUCACGAGCCGGUCGAGGUCUCUGGACAACGUUGGCCGCGAGCUGGGCUCCCAUCUACUGCAGACACUGGACGGAUUCAUAUUCGUCGUAGCUCCAGAUGGGAAGAUAAUGUACAUUUCGGAGACCGCCUCUGUCCAUCUGGGACUGUCUCAGGUAGAGCUGACCGGGAACAGCAUCUACGAGUACGUCCACCCGGCGGACCACGACGAGAUGACGGCCGUACUUACGCCGCACCAGCCCUACCACCCGCAUUUCGUCCAGGAAUACGAAGUGGAGCGGUCGUUCUUCCUGCGGAUGAAGUGCGUGCUGGCCAAGAGAAACGCGGGUCUGACCAGCGGGGGAUACAAGGUAAUCCACUGCAGCGGCUACCUGAAGAUCCGGCAGUACAGCCUGGACAUGCCCCCGUUUGAGGGCUGCUACCAGAACGUGGGCCUGGUGGCGGUGGGCCACUCGCUGCCCCCCAGCGCCGUGACCGAGAUCAAACUGCAUAGCAAUAUGUUCAUGUUCAGAGCCAGCCUGGACAUGAAGCUCAUCUUCCUGGACUCCAGGGUAGCAGAGUUGACUGGUUACGAGCCUCAGGACCUCAUCGAGAAGACGCUGUACCACCACGUGCACAGCUGUGACACCUUCCACCUGCGCUGUGCACACCACCUCUUGCUGGUGAAGGGUCAGGUGACCACAAAGUACUACCGCUUCCUGGCCAAGACCGGGGGCUGGGUGUGGGUGCAGAGCUACGCCACCAUCGUCCACAACAGCCGCUCCUCCCGCCCACACUGCAUCGUCAGCGUCAACUACGUCCUGACGGACACUGAGUACAAGGGCAUGCAGCUGUCUUUGGACCAAAUGAGCCCGAGUAAGCCGGCUUUUCCCUACGCCAACACGCAAACCGAAGACAGGAAGGCCCCCAAGUCCCGUCUGAUCCAGGCCAAGGCCAAAGCCAGAGUAUCACCCUAUCCACAGUUUUCAGCUUACAACCCGGAGCGCUCCGAGUCGGACCAGGAGAGCCAAUGGGGAGGCAGCCCUCUGACAGACUCCACCUCCCCGCACCUGCUGGACCACGGGGAGGCGUCCGAGGCGUCCUGCGCCUACAGGUUGUACCCGGACUCGGGCCCCCUGGGAUACGGCCUGCACCUCUCGGAGGAGGACCUGGCCCACGCCCAGGGCCACGCCCCCGGCGCCGCCUGCGACCGCACCCGCUGCCAGGGGGGGCGCUACUUCCUGGGUGCCCCCCAGCUGGGCCGGGAGGCCUGGUGGGACGCCACGCGCUCCGUUCUCUCCCUGCCGAAGGCCCCGGGGGAGAGCGGGGAGGGCUACGACCUCGCCUCGUACCACGGCGCCAUCCACGGGCGGACCCACUGGGACGAGGAGAGCAUCGGGAGCUCGCCAGACGGAGGCGGUUCCAUCAGUGACCCCGGGGAGCGUUACCACGGCGACCCCUUCCGGGCCAGUCCUCAGGAGCCCAGCAAGAUGGAGACCCUGAUCCGUGCCACCCAGCAGAUGAUCAAAGAGGAGGAGAGCCGCCUGCAGGGGCACGCCGGCUCGGGACGCCUCUCCAAAGCCCACAGCCCCUGCUUCGCCGCCUCGGGCGCGGGCCUGGGGCAGACCUCCAUGGGAGGGGCGGGGGGCAUGGACGCCGCCACGGAGCGCCUCCUCCACCGGGACGGCGGGAAGCCGCCCGGUUCCCACGACAACGACGAAAACACCACCAGCCCCGCAUCGGCGUCCCGCCUGAGCAGCCCCAGCUCCGACGGGGUGUCCCUCAACAAAGACUACAUGCAGACGGAGCUGUCCCCCCACGCCCCCCAGGCCCAGGGCAGCCCGCUGAUAUACGCGGCCCAGGACCGGCACACUCUGGACAGGCAACCGGCCUACGCCCUGACCGGGUACUCCCUGGAGCAGCUGUACGAGCAGGACAGCAUGCGGGGCUACUCGGGCCUGGGCUACGGGGGGGUCCAGUACGACGUGGCCUCCCACAUGAGGAUGCAGACGGACCAGAUGCAGGGACACAAGGCCACCUCUGUGAUCAUCACCAACGGGAGCUGACCACCGGCCACGCCCACGGACUCUCCGGUCUAGAAGUGGACGUUGCAGUGAGAAGGCAGUAUUUGUGUACACCUUAAACGCUGUGGUUUGGAUGCGAAUAGCAAAGAGACAAGGAAAUUGCAAAAAGCUACCUGUACACUGGGGUAACCCUCUCACCGUUGUUGUUGUCCCACCGUUACACAUUUAGUUGAAACACAGAGCGUUUUGGUUUGUUUUACAGGAACAUGUCAUUCUGAGUUGUAGCGUCAGUAGUACUCCGAGUGUCCGUGACACAAGGCUGAUUUCUGUGUGGUUAAACAUCAAGCCAAGGUUUCUGUCUCAAUCCUGUCACGCUCCAUUGGUCCUCUGAGUUAAUCUGUUCCGGACACAAUUUCCAAAGCCAGGACGAGAAUGUGUUGUUUCUUUACCCCUUCACCUGCAGUCUGAUUGCACAGAGCAGAAUGCUUGACGCAUGAAAAUCAAUACGGCGAGGAGUGUUUCACCAUCAGAAGACGUCAGUAUUUUUUGGUAUUUAUUGGUCAGUGGGUCUAAUGGGCAAUUUGUUGUUUUCUGUAUGUGUUGUCAUUAUUCAUGUUAAAGUAAAGUAUGAGUUUAUUUUUGUGGAAUUACUUUAAGUUGAUUGUUUUGAGUAGUAGGCCUACUUGUAAAACAGCCAUCAGAUUAGAUUAAUGAUUGAGCAAAGCCAAAAAUAAUGAAUGUAAUUGACAGAGCCAAGAGGUGCGCUGAGCUUAAUAUAUAAAAAGCCAUCAUGCCAUUCAAAUAAAGGCAUUUGGUUUCAUUCAACAUUAGCUUCUGGCUUCAUUGUUUCCUUAACUUUUCGGUCAGAGGAAUAGUUUGAGGUUUUCCCCUCGAACCUUCAGACUUUUCUGGAAGGGUAGUUUGUUUAUCAUGGCAGUUGGGAGGAAAUAAUUGUUGAUAUAAAAGUUAAACUGUAAAGGACGCACAGACGCAGAAUUGUUUGAAACACUCUGAAUUUGUUCUGUUUGUUUUGUUUGGUUUUCUGUAUUAUUUUAUGUACAAUGUUUGUUAAAUUGCUUUAAUUUGGUUUAAUUUAUGAUGUAAAUAUCAUUACAUGAUGACUGUUUCGACAAGAGGUCAACAAAUUAUUUAUUAAAUUGGUAAUAAUGUCUUUAAAAUCCAAAUAAAGUCGGUGAAUUGGUUUUCUAUUAGCAAGCCACAUCUGGAAAAAAUAUAACUUUUGUACUCAUACAAUACUGCUACUGUCAACCAAAAAUAAUAAUCUUUACAAGCAUGUCGGGGCCAGCAGAGCCCGGUCCAAAACACAAUCUAAGGCCCAGUGAGCCUGCCCUGGAUAAAUAAAG